GCGAGAUCAGGGUUGGCGCCGUGACCUCCAUGUGGAAGCUCCAGCUCUAUAAGUAAACACUCCGCGCGGCGCAGACAUGGCUCCUUCCUAUUUGUGAAGCGGGGGUUGCGGCAGCCGCAGCUCCUCUGACUGGUUUCGGUUUUCCUUCCUCCUUAGCUUGGCUGGGCGGGCGCGCGGUCUUGAAGCCGCCGCUGCCGCCUGUCGGGCCCGGCGUCUGGUCCGUCCUCCUAGCCCGCGCGCGCUCGCCGCGGGCACCGGGGCAGCGGCGCGGGCCGUUCGGGGCGCGGCGUCCCAAGCCGAGGGGGAGACAAAGGGGGGCCGGCCGGCCCCUCUGCCGGCGCCACGAUGUGGAUCCAGGUGCGCACCAUCGACGGCUCCCAGACGCGCACCAUCGAGGACGUGUCCCGUAAAGCCACCAUCGAGGAGCUGCGCGAGCGGGUGUGGGCGCUGUUCGACGUGCGGCCCGAGUGCCAGCGCCUCUUUUACCGGGGCAAGCAGUUGGAAAAUGGAUACACUUUAUUUGACUAUGAUGUUGGACUGAAUGAUAUAAUUCAGCUCCUGGUUCGCGUGGACCCCGAUCUUCCUAGCACAUCUAAACAGACUGAUGCACAGGUCAAACCCUGUUCUAAUAGUCCGCCUAAAGUAAAGAAAACCCCAAGGGUGGGACCUUCUAGUCAGCCGUCUACAGCGACUCACGCAUUUCUUAUUGAUCCUGGCUUUGGACUAUAUAAGGUAAAUGAAUUGGUGGAUGCCAGAGAUGUCGGCCUUGGUGCUUGGUUUGAAGCACGUAUACAUAGUGUUACUAGAGCUUCUGAUGGACAUUCACGUGGCAAAACUCCACUGAAGAAUGGCAGUGCUUAUAAAAGGACUAAUGGAAAUGUAAAACAUAAUUCCAAAGAGAACACAAAUAAAUUGGACAAUGUACCCUCUACGUCUAAUUCAGACUCUGUUGCUGCUGAUGAAGACGUUAUUUAUCAUAUCAAGUAUGAUGAAUACCCGGAAAGUGGUACUCUAGAAAUGAACGUCAAGGAUCUUCGCCCACGAGCUAGAACCACUUUGAAAUGGAAUGAACUAAAUGUUGGCGAUGUGGUAAUGGUUAAUUAUAACGUAGAAAGUCCUGGAGAAAGAGGAUUUUGGUUUGAUGCAGAAAUUACCACACUGAAGACGAUUUCAAGGACCAAGAGAGAACUUCGUGCGAAAAUUUUCCUUGGGGGUUCCGAAGGAACAUUAAAUGACUGCAGGAUAAUAUUCACAGAUGAAAUCUUCAAGAUUGAGAAACCUGGAGCCCAUCCACUUUCACUUGCAGAUGGAAAAUUUUUAAGGAAAAAUGACCCUGAAUGUGACCUGUGUGGUGGAGACCCAGAUAAGAAAUGCCAGUCUUGCUCCUGCCAUGUAUGUGGUGGAAAACAAGAACCCAACAUGCAGCUUCUAUGUGAUGAGUGUAAUAUGGCAUUUCAUAUUUACUGCCUGAAUCCACCUUUGGAUAAGAUCCCAGAAGAAGAAUACUGGUAUUGUCCUUCCUGUAAAACUGAUUCCAGUGAAGUUGUGAAGGCUGGUGAAAGACUUAAGAUGAGUAAAAAGAAAGCAAAGAUGCCAUCAGCUAGUACUGAAAGCCGGAGAGACUGGGGCAGGGGAAUGGCCUGUGUUGGCCGUACUAGAGAAUGUACUAUUGUCCCUUCUAAUCAUUAUGGACCUAUUCCUGGGAUUCCUGUUGGAUCAACUUGGAGAUUUAGAGUUCAGGUGAGCGAAGCAGGUGUCCAUAGGCCCCAUGUUGGUGGAAUUCAUGGUCGAAGUAAUGAUGGGGCUUAUUCUCUUGUCCUGGCUGGUGGAUUUGCAGAUGAAGUAGACCGAGGAGAUGAAUUCACGUACACUGGGAGUGGUGGUAAAAACCUUGCUGGUAAUAAAAGGAUCGGUGCACCAUCGGCUGAUCAGACAUUGACAAACAUGAACAGGGCAUUGGCCCUAAACUGUGAUGCUCCAUUGGAUGAUAAAAUUGGAGCAGAGUCUCGGAAUUGGAGAGCUGGUAAGCCAGUCAGAGUGAUACGCAGUUUUAAAGGGAGGAAGAUCAGCAAAUAUGCUCCUGAAGAAGGCAACAGAUAUGAUGGCAUUUAUAAGGUGGUGAAAUACUGGCCAGAGAUUUCAUCAAGCCAUGGAUUCUUGGUCUGGCGCUAUCUUUUAAGAAGAGAUGAUGUGGAACCUGCUCCUUGGACCUCGGAAGGAAUAGAACGGUCAAGGAGAUUGUGUCUGCGUUUACAGUAUCCAGCAGGCUAUCCUUCAGAUAAGGAAGGGAAGAAGACGAAAGGGCAGUCAAAGAAGCAGACCAGUGAAACCUCAAAAAGGCCUAAUCCAGACGAUGAGUGUCCAAGUGCCUCCAAAAUGGUCAAAAGAUCAGAUUCGGCGGAAGCAGUUGAGGCUUUCCAGCUAACCCCUCAACAGCAGCAUCUAAUCCGAGAAGAUCGCCACAACCAGAAGCUGUGGGACGAGGUGCUCGCAUUUCUUGUGGAAGGACCAAAUUUUCUGAAAAAAUUGGAACAAUCUUUUAUGUGUGUCUGCUGCCAGGAGCUAGUUUACCAGCCUGUGACAACAGAGUGCCUCCACAACGUCUGUAAAGAUUGCUUACAGCGCUCCUUUAAGGCACAAGUUUUCUCCUGCCCCGCUUGCCGGCAUGACCUUGGCCAGAAUUACAUCAUGACUCCCAAUGAGAACCUGCAGACUCUACUUGACCUUUUCUUCCCUGGCUACAGCAAAGGACGAUGAUCUGUCCACUUCUACCGUGUUGCUCCUGGUGGCUUUCUGGACAAUAAAGAGAAUCUAAAGUGGAUGGGGGAGGGUGGAAGCGAUGGGGGACCCUACUCCUCACGUUCUGAAGCAGCUAAUCCUCUUUUCCACACAGCCAUCAUCUUGUGUGUGUAGUGAGAGGCCCAGUUCUCAACUGUCUUUUAAAUUUCAAAAGGUAGUUCCUGCCAGUAACGACUAGUUUCAAUGAGUAAAAAGUCAAAGCCUCAGCCCUAGUUGAUAUCCAAGUUAUGAUUUAUUUUGCAACUACCUCAGGACAGAAAAGAUUUAUGGGGAUUUUAAAAAUCAUUGAAUAAUUAGUCAAAUGAAAUUUUAGCUACUCACUGCCUCCCAGAUAUUAGUUGUGCCUGGUUCAUGGAAUUUGAUUACGGAAAAGGAAGUGGCACCUGACGGCUGGCAUGAACGCAGCCUGCUUCUGUGCUGUGCAUCACCUUUUUUUAGUGUCUCUCCUUCCAUUACAAUGUGCAUUCUGCAAGGACAGCUUCAUUUUUUAGCCCAUUUUGUGAGCUCCAUUGUGCUUUUUUCUGGUGUUUUAUGCAAGUUGACUACUAAUGACUAAUGAGAAUACGGAUGCAUUGUUGCUGCAUUAGUGUAAUGUGGUGUCGUUUUGCACUUAAAAGAGGUAUUUCGAUGCUCUAGUUGUAAAUGCUCGUGAGAAGCCGCUGCGAGCUAGUCUGGCUGCGCGGUGAGUCUCACCAGGGGUUUUACAUCUGCAGAGCGUUGAGGGCAGCGCUGACCUUCGAGAGGAUUGAAAUUGCUUCAUACUGUGAUCCUACAUUUUAUAUUCACUAUCUUCCCUAAAGUAUACCUUAAUAAAUAUUUUAUGACCAGAAAAACAGCUCAUUUUGUUCGCUUUUUUACAUUUGUCUGGCUUAUGAGUUUUUAAGAAUCAGUUAUUUCCAGAGUUUGCUCAUUGUGUGUUUUUAUUGAGACAGACAUUUUACACAAUUUUUUUACUUCUGAUUUUGGUAAUGAGAACUAGAAUGAGAUCUUAAGUAUUGGCUAAGGACAAAUUUCAUCCUGGAUGUGAUUCUUUUGUUCUGUUUUGUUUUUUUGGUUUUACUAAAUGAGAUUACCUUUGACAAUAAGAACCUCCUGACUUUCUGUUAUCUAUAACAACGUCAAUCUUACGUUCCUUUUUAGCAUCAUCAGUGCUGCUUUCUUAGUUCACAGAGAUAAGAAUAUUCUGAAACAUUGCUAUGUUCUCUAAAACUAUAUUGCCAUGUUUUCAGAUGGAGUCAGUCUUCCUGCCUCUAAAUUCAGAUCCAUUCACACACACAGACGCAUAAUACAGCUAGCAUUUAUGGAAUAUUUACUUUGUGCUAGUCACUUGGACAUUUUUAUGUAUAUUCAUUUAAUCCUACCGACAGCCCUCAGAGGCAGGUACUAGUAUCCCCAUCUUCUGGCUGGCCAUCAGUGGCACAGAAAGGUGAAGUCACUCCCCAGAGAUCACACACCAAGCAAGUACAGAGAUGUCCGUAGACUUAGACAGCGCAGCUCCCGAGCCACUGGUCUUUACUUCUGUGUGGUGCAGCGAAGAGCUCCGUCAUGACACUUCGGCUAACAGAAAAGGGCCCCAAUUCUACUUAAAGCUUUGGGUUUCAGUAUAGAAACAUAUACCAGACUCGUUUCAGUGCUUUUCCUGCAUUCAACUAAACUCAAAAUCAGGUUCUGGGAAACACUUGGAGCUCAGCGAAUGGAGCCAUUUUCACCUAGGGCUAGUGAUAGACACUGGGAUUGCUUUUAUUCUGAAGAAUCAAAUUUAAAUAGGACCUUCUUAGAUUGAAAGUAGGUGGUUAAAUUGCCUCAUCCAGCACUGUAUUCCCUUUAGCUUUGGCCACAUCUCUGCAAGAAGAGUGGGGAAUACCUCCCAUGUACAGCUGCUUUACCAGGUUUAAUUCAACCACUUUUAUUAGCAAGCUAACUGACUUCCACAGCUAAGACUAUGGAUUGUCUUAACUUUGCUGUAACAUGGUAGAGACUCGGAAAGAAGGCUGACUAUAGUUUAGCAUGUUCACAGGUGUCAAGAAUGGCCCAAAGCUAAGCAAUUUUAUGUUGCUACUGAACUUUUUUUAAAAAAAGACUUCCAGAUUUUUUACAGAAAUAUUUUGGUUUGUAUUUCUAAAAGAUAAGGACUUGUAGAAAACAUAACCACAAUGCCAUUGUCAAACGUUUAAAAAAAAAGUAGCAGUAAUUUCUUUAUAUCCAAUAUCCAGUAAAUGUUCAAAUUUUCUUUGUCUCAAAUGUCAUAAAUGGUUAUUUUAUUUUUAGUUGGUUUGUUUGAAUCAGGAUCCAAAUGAGGACCUCACAUUGUGAUUAGUUGAUGCCUCUUAAGAAUCUUUUAAUCUGUAUAUAUCCUUCCAUCUUUCCCCGCCCCCCAACUUCUGCAAUUUGUGUGUUGAAAUUGGGUUUUCUAUAUAGUUUCUGACAAUAGAUUUUGCUGAUUGUAACCCUGUGGUGUAGUUCAACAUGUUUCUCUUUAUUUUCUGUGAACUGGUAGUUAAAAUUAAAGCAUGACCACAUUCAGAUUUGAUUUUUUUUCCCAAGACUUCUUCGCAGGGGGUGUGAUUGUCCUUCAGGAGGUACAUAGUAUCUUAGGCUUAAGUUUGAAAGAUGAGCUUUUCACUGGAUUCUAUUAGUUAGUAGGCACAGUGAUUACUAUUAAGUACUCAACCAUUUUCAUGUGCAUGGAAUUUUUUUCUCAAUAAAAGUGAAGAUCAGAUACCACUUUAUAUCUUCUAAUUAGGAUAGGCAGAACCUCUACUUCUAGAACUCUCUUCUAAGUAGUAUGGUUCGUUCAACAAACGUGUGCAUGCUAAUAACACCUAUACACUUAAAAGCUUUGGGUUUCAGUAUAGAUCCUACUAAUGAGAGCCAGGUAGAGAUCUGCUCUGACUUGCCCUCCGUCUGCUAUUUCUCACUUUGCCCAUUAGAGCCCAGACCUUUCCUCACUCUUCUUCUGGACACUUAGAAAGACAGGAAAGCUCAUGACUGUCUACCCAAGUUGAGGGAAUUGAGCCUCAUGGCCCAUUCACCACCAGCUGACUUUGGAAAGAGUUACCCUUGCUUGCCCACAACCAGACCUUCACAAUUCCUGAAGAAACUGAUAUUUAUUAACCUGGAAAAAUAAGAGCCUACACAGAAGGAAAAAAAAAUUAUUAAACACCAGUCACUGGACACAAGAAAUCAAGAGCUAGCUAGCUAGCAGGGUAGAGCAGACCAAAUGACUGCUGUUGAAAACAAUGAAUGAAAGAAGAAGAAUUUUUUAAACUCUGCCCUCAAGUAUGAAAUUGUAUUACACUGAUAGAAUAAGAACAAGCUGCUAUGGAAGAGGAGUAAUUUGAGACUAAAAUUCUUGGAACUAAACAUAAUUGUAAAAAAAAAAAGAAAAAAAUGCAACAGACAAAACA